CCCAGAAACCGCUGCUGCGAGAAAGAAGAGCAAAAGGCGAGGAGCUCCGUGCGCGGAAGAGCCUGACGACGUUCAUCCGUUGAUAGAAGCGGCGACUUGCCACCUGACAGCCUGCUGUAUGCCGAAGUAUUACUGCGAGUACUGCGGUAAGCAGCACGCAGCACUGACUGACUGGAGGAGAGGGAGAAGACGACAACAACACGCCAGCACCGCCUCAUUGAUUGCCUCAUUCACUUCACGCGUGUCUGUCUGUCUGUCUGUCUCUUGUAUGUCUGUGUGUCACACAGACAUCUACCUGACGCACAGCUCUCCUGCCGGGCGUCGUCAGCAUGCCAACGGCAGAAGGCACAUCAACAACAAGAUAGAAUACUACAACAGUCAGCCGAAGCCACACCACACACGCGCGCAGCGCACAGAGGGAGGGAUAUGGGACAGACUGUCUCCAGACAUUGGUGGUCAAGUCAAUCUGUGUGGCGUGUGUUCAUCAGAUCUGAUGCGUGAGAAGGGUUUGGCUCCGCCCGCAUACGCCGCCCUCACUGGCCGUGAGUGGCGAGGCACUGUCCAGAACAGAUGGUGCAUGUAACAUUCACGUCAUUCGCUCUCCUGUGGGGUGUGUGGCGUGUGUCUGAUGCAGCGAUGAAUCCGGCAGCGGCGUUUGGUCGUGGGAUGCCGAUGAUCCUCCGACCUGGCAUGAGGCCACCGACCAUGCCCAGUAAGCACAGCACAGCACAAGAGUGAUUCGAUUCACCCUCCCUCCCUCUCUGUUGGUUGGUGUGUGCUGACCUGACACCUCACCUCCUGGCCUGGCUUGCGUUGUUGUGCUUGAUCGACCAGUGGCCCCGGGGAUGCCUGGCAGACCCAUGUUCUCGGUGAGUGAGAUAGAUGAGAACCCGACACUCAUGUUUGUUUCGUUAUCAGAGAGAGUUCACACUGUCGUGUGGUGUCGUGUGGUGUCGUGUGUGUGGUUCAUUCAUUCAGAACAUGUCCCUCCGCAACCCCCAAUCGUACAUGGGCCGACCAAGGGGAUGACAGAGAUGACAGACAAGACGAUGACAGAGAGACGGCACGCACGCCACACAGACUGCAGCUAGCUAUUAAUAGGCUGAGGCUGGACAGACAGACAGACAGACUGGUUACUUUUCCUUCCUGUGCUGUCUGUCGCGUGACAUGCUGCCAGCCACACCACACUGUUGGGUCGAUGCGGGCCACUUUCGUCCAUGCGCUGAUGACGGACACUCUGUACAGCCGAUCCCUCCCAGGUCACUCAUAAUACUGAUUGUCAUGCCAGUCAGUGUCAGUCAAUUCAUUCG